AUGGUCGAAGUCCUGUCCCCAGGCCCCGGCCAAAAUGGCCACGCCGCUCCCACUCACGACGACAACGUCGCUUCCCUGGCCCGUAUGAUUCUUGCCAGCAGCAUUGCAUCUAACCAGGAGGACAAGAUGAUGAGCCGCGAAGAGCGCCAUGCCAUGAUGAAGGAGAUCAGCCAGCACCAGGCCAUCAAGGACGAGCUUCACAAGAAGCGCGGCGGCUGGCGCACUCCCCGUCGCGGUUGGUCCAUUACCGACUCACCCGUUGCCUCGUCGCAGGGCAGUCCUGCGCCCAACGCUUCGCCCUACCCUGCUCCUCCUAUGGAGUCGCAGACAUCUACUACAUCCAACUCAAGCUCCAUCUCCUCUGUUCCCGAGCAGGGCGAGCUUCCAGCAACAGAGAUGAAGAAUGCGCCGCAUCCUCCCCAGGUUCGCCGGCCUCCUCUUCCGCCCCCACGCCGCUCCUACUCGGUCAUGGAGUACGAGCCGCCACCACGCACCCACCGGCCCUCGGCUCGUAUGGAUAUCUUUGAUCUUCCCAUUGAGCUUCACUACACCAUUAUGGACUAUCUCGAUCCUAUGGAUAGUGCAUGCUUGGGCCUGACCAACAGCCACUUCUACGAUAUCCACCGUCGCAUGCACGGCAGUGUUCCAUUGUCGUCCCACCGUGACGGACCCAACGACUUGGAGUGGGCUUUCUACCUCGCCAGUCGCCGCGUCCCGCAGUCCAGCUCGGGAACUUCCACACCCACUACUGAGGGUCACAGCCAACUUCACCCUCUUGAGGGCAUGCGCCUGAAGGGGCAGGUCUACUGCCGCAAGUGUGGUCACUACCGCUGCCAGCUGUACCGCCACUUGCGCGAGUGGAUGGGUCCUGACAGGGAAUACUGCGAGGUCACCAAGAAGUACGGCCGCCGUGCUCCCGAGGAUGCGGCCGACCAUUGCUCCAUCAAGUCGCCGAAGCACCCUCAUCGUUGCGGACGUCAUUCCGCAAAGCCUACCCAGCCUCCCGCCAAAUAA